AUGCGUUUCCACUGCAUGCCCCUGCUCUACGUCGUCGCUUUCUUCGUCCUCAUCUCGGGCCUCUUCUCCGUCCUGCUCUCGCUGGCGCCGUGCUUCGUCAAGUCCAAGAACCACUGCUACCGCGGCUAUGAGUCUCACUACUCCUUCGACGUCAACCGCGCCGACCACGCCGAGUGGAUGCGCGCCAUCCCCGACGACGCCAACCUCACCAGCCUCUCUAUCCCUGGCACGCACGACACCAUGACCUACGACCUCGACAACCAGGUCUUCCAGUGCCAGAACCACAACCUCUCGGCCCAGCUGCACGCCGGCAUGCGUUACCUCGACAUCCGCGGCCGCCUCGUCAACGACUCGAUCGACAUCUACCACGCCUCCAUGCCCACCGGCCAUUCCUAUGCCGAGGUCCUGCUCACCGUCUUCGACUUCCUCGACGACCACCCCAGCGAGACCGUCGUCAUGCGCCUCAAGGAGGAGGGCCGGCCCCUCGGCGCCAACACCAUGACCUUUGAGGACGCCUUCAACUUCUACCUGCACAACUCCACCGUCACCUCCCCCGGCGCCAAGUCCCACUUCCGCAAGCACGACCCGCGCAAGCCCUACCCGACCCUCGGCGCCCUCCGCGGCAAGAUCUUCCUACUGCAGAACUUCCCCUCCAAGGGCCCCGAGAGCCCCUACGGCGUCGUCUGGGCCUCGGCCGACAUGGUCCUCGAGGACCUCUGGAUCAUCCCGAGCGUCGAGCACCUCUACAUGAAGUGGGAGGCCAUCGAGAACGCCCUGCGCCGCGCCGCCACCGCUGGGGACCACGUCAACCGCGUCCUGUACCUCGCCCACCUGAGCGCCUCGGUCGGCGUGCUGCCCAUCGAGGCCGCCGCCGGGAACCUGAACCGCACCGUCGCCGGCAUGAACGACCGCACCGGCGACUGGCUCGCCGCCACCGCCGACCGCGGCGACAGCGGUAAGACGGGCGUCGUCAUCAUCGACUUCCCCGGCAAGGAGCUCGUCGACCAGGUGCUGGCCCGGAACCGGCCCUUGACGGACCGCGGCGCCGAGUUGUGA